AUGACCUCAGAAAAGACCCAAAGCAACGACGUGGACGACCAAGGCCGUUUUCCAAUGGCCAACGGCAGCGCUGAGGCAGUCGAGCACAAAGAAGCCAACGAAGCCCACGCUACUCAUGUCAUAGAAUCCGGCGUUCAUGAACAUAUGAACCUCCGUCUAUUUACAUCGCUCGUUGCCUUGUCUUUCUUGUGGGUUGGAUCCCAAAUCCCGCUGUAUAUUUAUGGCAGCGUGUUGCCUGAUAUCUAUGGAGACAUCGGAGGCUCGACCAACGGCCGCUGGGUCUGGAUGGUCAUCGGCUACCUCAUUCCUAAUGCUGCUCUUUGCCCCUUUGUCGGCGCUCUAUCGGAUCUCUUUGGUCGCAAAUGGGUCGCAGCGUUUGGUCAAGUGAUGCUGCUUAUUGCCCCAGUGGUAGUUUCGACAGCUCAUACAAUCAAUACUGCUAUUGCUGGCAUGGUCAUUGCAGGACUGGGUGCAGGUCUCAACGAGCUGAUUGCUCUCGCGGGCACUUCGGAGUUGGUACCUGUCCGCAAGCGAGCAAUGUACGUCGGAGGAGUCGUCUUCACCAUUCUGCCAUUCUGUCCAUCGCCACUGUGGGCUCAGCUCAUCACCAAGUAUUCAAAUUGGAGGUAUAAUGGCUACUUGGUUGGCGGAUGGAAUCUUAUCGGCCUUGUUCUUGUCCUGUGCUUUUACAAGGAGCCAACUCGUACGAAGCGAUCGGCUAGAGAAAUCCUUGGCGAAGUCGACUUCAUUGGCGGUUUCUUGAGUACGGCAGGAGUCGUCCUGUUCAUGAUGGGGAUGCAGUGGGGUGCUCGUGAGUAUUCAUGGGUAAGCGUGGAGGUUCUCGUCACGUUUCUGCUGGGCUCUGCUUUCAUCGCCGCCUUCUUCGUGUACGAAACCAGAUUUGCAAAGUGCCCUAUGAUUCCGCCCCGCAUCUUCUCUCGGGACAAGCAGACUAUGAUUGCCAUCUUGCUGGUUACUUUCUUCAGUGGAGGUAAUUUCUUCGUCCUUUUGCUCUUCUGGCCUACACAAGUCUACAAUGUCUACGGCAAUGAUGCGGUACAGAUUGGUAUUCGCACUCUGCCGAUCGGAUUCGGCAUCAUCUUUGGUUCCCUACUGAAUCUUGGCCUCAUUCGCCUUACCAAGGGCCGUAUUCGUGUUCUCAUGAUUGUCUGGUGCGUGUUCAUGACAGCCUUUGUUGGUGCAAUGUCUGUCGCCCGCACUGACAACCUGAAUCCGACCGUAUACGCAAUUAUUACCCUGGCAUCAGUUGGUGUUGGUGCCGUCAUCAUUCCCUGUUCUCUGAUUGCGCAGGUAACAUGCCCUACCGAUCUCAUUGGGACCAUCACCGCCAUUACCUUGUCCAUUCGCUAUAUCGGUGGUGCAGUUGGAUUUGCUGCGUUUUACAACGUCUUUUUUCACAAAUACUAUGAGCUUGCAAAUACGGUUGCUGCUCCGCGAGUGGCUAAUGCGAAGAUAACACUUGACUUCUUCGAACUUAUCGCAGCUAUCAGCCUUGGCUCGAACGCCGAAUACGAAAAGCUUCAUGAGCUGAUAGCCACGAGUCCUACCAUCUCUCACAGGGAUACUGCAUUCCAGACGAUUAUCGAUACGAGCUGCCGGGUGAGCGCGUCGUCGCAGCUCUGCGACGAGGCCGACCUUGCGGACCAGGUGGCUGGCGUCGUCGUCGAUGCGUCGGGCGACCUGGCCGCGGUCCGAAAGACAGUCCUCGGCUCGCGCAACAGAGAAUGCAGCGCGGACAAGCGUCGCGCCGGCGCAGGCAUCACCCUGCUGCCGACGCAAAUCAUUCGCAUCGGCGUGAGCAAUGCCACGUUGACAGCCGGUGGUCUGUACAAUAACAGAACAAACUACAGAACCGCCACCACCGUGGCGCGUCUGGUCUCGCGCCUUUGGAAGCGUGAGACGUGCAAGUACGAGCGCGUCCUCGACCCGGACUCGUGCGUCGCUAUCGACGAGCGCUGUGGCAUCUCGCUAGAGGUGGUGCAGAAGCACAAACCCGGCGCGCGCUUCUGCAACGACCUUCAGCCCGGCGGCUACGUGUGCUGCUCGGCCGGCGAGCCCUACACGCCGCCGCGGCCGCAGCCCGCCGCAGCCGGAGGCCGACGGCACAUGCCACACGCACCUUAUCGGGGGGGAAUUGUUCAUGACAUGCUGAUGGAUGCGAGCUUAGCUGCCUAA